AUGCAGGCUAUCAAGUGUGUCGUUGUCGGUGACGGUGCCGUUGGUAAAACAUGCCUGUUAAUUACCUACACAACAAACUCAUUUCCUGGAGAGUACAUUCCAACAGUAUUCGAUAACUAUUCGGCCAAUGUGAUGGUGGAUGGCAAACCGAUCAACUUGGGUCUUUGGGAUACGGCGGGCCAGGAGGACUAUGAUCGACUGAGGCCGCUGUCUUAUCCACAGACAGACGUAUUUCUUAUAUGCUUCUCACUCGUAAAUCCAGCCAGUUUUGAAAACGUCAGAGCAAAGUGGUUCCCAGAAGUUAGUCAUCAUUGCAAAAACACGCCUAUCAUACUUGUGGGCACAAAGCUGGACUUAAGAGAAGACAAAGAGACGCUCGAGAGACUGAGGGAAAGACGAUUAUCUCCCAUCGGGUAUCCGAAUGGAUUGGCGAUGGCAAAGGAGAUAGGUAUUUCGUCAGUUUUAUUCGUUAAUUGCAGUUAUCACUUGUUACGACAAAUUGAACAUUGUCUACUACCGGUGUUUGUUUUUUCAUUUGCUCACUCGUACCAUAUAGCUCAGCGUAUAACUUAA